GCAGCCUGAGCCUGGGCCCAGCGCGGCCAGCAUCCCGGCGGAAGGGCUGCGCAGGCGCAGGCCCGGCUCGCCGGCGCUGGAGCGAGGCCGCGGCAGCGUGAACCCCGACCGCAGGCGCAGGCGCACUUCCCCGCCAUGGCGUUGGGCAGGUGUUGGAGACCCUGCGAAACCGGUUGGCCUGGCUUUUCUCGUGUUGAGGCGGGGACGGCUCCUCGCCUGACGGCUGGGAGCCUGGGGGUUUCAGAAUGGUGGUGGCGAAGUCUGAGACCAGAAGGGACGCUUCCGCCUACUUCCGGACAGCCAGGCCCGUGCCCUCGCUCAUCACAGGCCUAGGACUGGGAUUCUUCGCGUGGGUUGUCUUCUGGCCUCAGAGUGUCCCCUACCAGAGCCUUGGGCUCCUGGGCUCCUUCACGCAGCACCUGGUGGACCAUUAUCCCACACUCCUGCACAAUGGGUAUUGGCUUGCCUGGCUGGUUCACGUGGCAGAGUCUGUGUACGCCAUGGUGCUGUGCAAGUCUAAAGGAAUCACCGACAGCCGGGCCCAGCUGCUCUGGUUCCUGCAGACUUUCCUCUUUGGGGUAGCAUCUCUUUCCAUCUUGCUCACUUAUAGACCGAAGCGUCAAAAACAAAAUUAAAAGAAGCUAUUCAAAA